CCAUGGCCGGGGGCGCUGGGCCUGCCGCUCCCUGACACCCGCCUGCCCGCGGAGGCUGCUGCGAGCGGGGCUCCUCCGGGCAUCGGAAGGGAGAGUGAAGAAUUGCCCUUGCCCCGGGCGGAGCUGCCCCGUUCUCCUGGAGCCCGGGAAGGAAGGACUGCAAAGGGAACCUCUGGACAUUUCAUGUUUCGUCAGCCCGGCAGAAUUUUGGCUUUGAUUCCGUCUUGCUCGUACCUGUUCCUGGAGAAGAGGCACCGUCCCGCCAUGUCUCGCUACAGCCUCCACAACCUCCUGGACUGGAUGUAUGGGGGGGUGGACCCCAGCUUUGCCGGCAAUGGAGGGCCGGAAUGCGCUGCCUUUCUCUCGGGGAAGCAGCGCUUGCUGGAGAGUUUGGUCUUCCUCAGCGUAGGCAUCGUGGAGAUCCUCCUGUCCUUGGGGAAGCUCAGGCAUCUGCACCUCAGGGAGCUGGAGAAUCUGCUGCAGCAGCCCCAGACUAAGCAGGAGAGCUUGGGCAAGAACGUGCUGCUGGUGCUGCUCUGCCUCAUCUUUGGGCUGGAGGUGGGCUUCAAGUUUGCCACCAGGACUGUCAUUUACCUCCUGAAUCCCUGCCAUGUGGUCACCAUGAUGCAGAUUUUUCUUCUCGCCUGUCCCCCAUGUCGGACUGCAAUGAUUCUCUUCAGGUUGCAGAUGCACAUGCUGAACGGGGCCCUGUUGGCAUUGCUGUUUCCUGUUGUUAAUACCCGCCUGCUCCCAUUUGAAAUGGAAAUUUAUUAUAUCCAGCAUGUGAUGCUUUACGUUGUGCCCAUCUAUCUGCUGCAGAAAGGAGGUAUCUACACUCCAGAGCCACUCUGCAACUUCUGGUGGGCUCUUUUAUCCACGGGGUUUAUGUUUGUGUAUCACUUCAGCAUCUUGCAGAUUCUGGGACUGGUUACAGAAGUGAAUUUGAACAACAUGUUGUGCCCAGCGGUCUCAGAUCCUUUUUACGGGCCCUGGUAUCGAGUCUGGGCGUGUGGACAUCAGACUGUCAUGACCAUGACCCAUGGGAAGCUUGUAAUCCUACUGUUUUACAGUGCUGUCCCCAUCUUUAAAUGUAGCAUGGACUUGCUCAGACUCCCAGCUAAGAAAAUAGACUGAAAUUUCUCCCUGUGGAGUCGUGCAGGAAGCAGAGAUACCUGUACUGGAAAACCAGGAGGAGGGAUGAGAGGACAACGGCUUUAUACUUCUCCCCACAGUUUAUUGCCUCAGAAACACCUUUGUAAUCAAGUGAGGGGUUUUUUUACCUGCUGUUUCUCACUGCCUAUUGCCAAUGGCAAAAUUAGUGGCCUUAUUCUGGGAAAGGUUUGUGUUUUAUACAUUUUGUAUAGAUUACAGUAGAAUCUUGCUAAGCCACCAUUUAAAGUUAGGCCAGGACCUGUCCACAUUCCAGCAAAGAGAGUGGCAGUGCUACCUUGUUUUGACUAAUUUUCCAUUCAAUAUAAGUACAGUUAUAUCAUGGGAUAGGAAAUGAUGCUGCAUUGCAACACUCCAGUGAUGUGAACAAACACAUGUUGAACCACAUCAUCCUGGCUUAACUCUUAGAACCUGAAUGUUCCAAAACAGCCACAGGAAACAAUGUUAAUCUCCCAGUUGUAAGUGCAAAGGAGCGAGGUUCUACUGUACUUUUCUUUAAGCUGGUUGAAAAUGUUGGGGAACAAUAACUCAUUCAAACAAUGCUUUUUUUGAUUUGUUUUUUAAAUCAACUACUUAAUUCUUAAGCUGCUGUGGAUAAAUAUCCAUCUAGUGAAAUCCCACCAUAUCUUGAUGCUUUGGAGAUGCUUUUAUUUGGGUGAAUAGAAAAAAAUCAUGUUGAAAUAAUUUCAAAAGACCAUGUUAUGUAUAAGCCAUGAUAAGAUAUUACAUCCACUCUUCUGUCCAGAUUUUGAACAAAAUGUUUUUUCACUUAGCUUAGACCAGACGAGGAGUGGAGAUACAAAAUCAAUUGUAAAGAUCAGAGUUCUCUUUUUUUUUUACUUAGUAGCUUUUGAAACAUUCCUGCUCUGUCUACACUGCUCCUCGCUGAGUAGACUGGUUAAAAAAGGAACAAACUGAAACUGUUCUCUCCCUACAGCUCUUUUACAUUCUGUGUACUGAUUUUAAAAUGCAGGUACAAACAGGAAUGUCAAAUCAGUGCAGGCCUCUACUGAAAAGAACACGUUCCAGUUUACUGGUUUCUUUUAUAGGCAUACUAUACAGGUGUACACUAUACAGAUGAUUUCUUCGGUUGCUUUUAUGCUUAUUUAUGCUGGAAAUGAAAGAACAAAACUCUCCUGCUGCUCCUGGGAGCUAACUGCUUUCUCUGCUGGGGUAUUACGCACACAAUCUAUGUCAAGAUAACUUGAAGCUGUUGCCCGGUACCUGGUGCUGAGAUUUUACAGAGCUGCAGUGCCGUGUACAAGUGAAGGGUUGUCCUGGUCCUCCUGGCCAAAUGUGCCCCAGUCCUUUGUGGUGGCACUCACAGUUAUGGCAACACUGGCAAUAGCUGGGGGCAGGAGUUGGGCUGGACAGCCACACCCGCUAUUCCCCACUGCUGAAGCUGAGUGUAAAAUCUCACCCCAAAGUGGGCUCAUUUACUGUCCAAGAGCAAGUUGGGCACAAUCCCAGAAAAAAAUCCUUGUGCAGUGCUGUUGCCUGGCCUUCACAGAGACACUGGUAUGUAUUAAGGGGUCUGAACAGAGCCCUCUAAUAGUACUGUAGGCACUUCAAAAGAAACAAGGAGCAAGGAAACUGCUCCUGCUGCCACAUUUGUGGCUACAUUUCCCUCCAAAUGUACCCAUAAAUGGAGCAUUAUUAACUUUAAUAAACUUGUUUACUGAUGGGUUUGUUUAUCCAGCCCUCCAAAGCACAGAAGGGAGCCAGUAUCAUUUCUGCACCCACUACCUUGUGCCACAGCUUUAGCUGUCCAGGACCCCUGCAGUGCUAUUUUUCCAAGGACUCAGACACUGAACAGUGUCUGAGCUUUAUCUAUUCAUUUAGUCAUUUAGCUUCUUGCUAUUUAAGCACCAAAGGAGAAUUUGCAUCUUGUUUCUUUUGAAGGGUGAAAGUGAACCGUGCAUGUAUAAACUGAUGAAAAGCCAGUCUAUGAACACGCACCUGGAGCUGGUUUUGGUUCAGCUUCUUACAGUUCAAAAAUGCUGCUUAUAGGGAAAGCCUACGUGUGCUUGAGCAGCUGCUGCCUUGCUGAACUUGGGAGACAGGAAAAGUCAGUCCAUUUGCAAAUCUUGAGGUGAGAGAGUACCUAAUUGUAAUUUCUCUUCCUGGCCACAAUCAGGGUUUUGAUAUUUGUGUAUAUUUGAUAUCAUUUUGUAAAGCCCAAUUGUAUUUUCCUUUCAGAAAUGGUAUUUGCAACUGUUAAAUGACUGUACUUUUAUGUCCUAAGUCUUGCAUCUAAACCAGAAGCACUUGUUUUUCUAUGCAUCCAUAGCUAAUGGAAAAUAGAGUUGUGCUGUUUUCUUGUGUUGCAAUUGUUUCACUCGAGGUGGAUUCUUAGGAAUUAAAUUAGUCCUAAUUGUUAACAAAGCUCUGAAAAGGCCAAAAGCCAGGAAGAGGGCCCAGUCAGCCCAGGUAGGAGGUGCAAGGUUUCUGUAGGCAGACAGGUCAGCUUUGAUGCUUUCAGUUUUACGGUGACAAGACUCAUAAGGAAUCUGUUGAUUUUGUGAUCUCGUACUCUAAGUGAUAUUGCUGUAAAUCUGUCUUGCAGCUGUUGGUGUAACUUAGUCAAAGCCAAGCUGUUUUAUAAAUAAUUUUAUUUUUCUUCAGGGUCAAUUUUGUACUUUUUUAAAUUAUUUCUGCAUUUACUGAGUCAUUAUCCCAAUGCUGCAGAGAACGCAGCAGGCAGACCAGUGAGCACUCCCUGCUCUCCCCAUCCCCGCUGUGCCAGGGAGCUGGAGCUGGGCUGGACCACAAAGGGGUCUUUGGAAACUUGCAGAUCUGGUUACCCCACCCUCUAGUUCCAGCACAGCGUUGUCCAGGCACAGAAUGGUUUGGCAAGGGCAAGGGUGGACGUGGAUGGGCUCAACUGCCACAUAUGCUGUUAGUUCUGAAUAAUUUGUAAGAGUGUUAUGAAUUUUGUAAACUUUUUAAUGUGCUAAACCUUGGUUAUGAGGUAACUUUACAAAUACGGGGUAAUUUGUGUACUUGUUUUUGUAUUUUGGUCUGAUGAUGGGAUUUUUUUUUUUUGUUGUUGUGCCCUAAGUACAGAUCAUUGGGCAAAUAGUUGUUAAAACUUUGAAUUAAAACAAAUAAAUGCAUUUUAAUGGA